AUGAAUUUUCGUGUCCUCCGCAAAGCUAGAGUUUUACGUGAUAUAAAAACUCGCGAGACUGUCGCGAUGACCGAAUUGAUUCGACAAGCCUACCGUUAUAUUACACGUAAUGAGCAGAUUUCUCCAAGAAUUCGCCAACAAGCUCAACUUAUGCUGAACUCCUUUCCUCGCGCUGCUCGUCCUACUACCAUCAAAAAUAGGUGUGUCGAGACAGGGCGCGGCCGCGGUGUAUUACGCGAUUCAAAACUUUGCCGUUAUCAAUUUAGGUUAAAAGCUUUAGCUGGUGAAAUUCCAGGAGUCAAGAAAGCUAUUUGGUAA